AUGUGGUUCGAGGAGAGUAGUUGGUCGAACCUCCGACUCACGGAUAUCCAGGAGGAAUGGAGAGAUCUGUGGCCGUCAAAAAUCGAAUUUAUCACCUCAGCGAUGGCAUAUCUAUUUGCAAUGACUAACUUUUUGAAUUUGCCAAAAUUGACACUCGAAAAUGGAGGAGUUGCAUUCGCCGCAGCAUACGCCGCCGUCGUUGGAGUUCUCUGUAUGCCGACAAUGGUGAUGGAGAUGUCGAUAGGACAAGUGACUGGACGCGCGCCUGUUCUCGCUUUUUAUCAUCUGUUUCCCGUCUUCAAAGGUAUCGGCGUCGCUCAAAUCCUGUUCACCCUUGUCGUGCUGGCAUGCAUGACGAAGUUUCUCUCAACGCUUUGCCUAUUUCUCUAUUACUACUUCUGGACAUAUCAUGCCGGCCGAAACGGUCUCCCAUGGCUCAAUUGCAAGGCAUUCCCAGAAUUUGUGUCCCAACCAUGCAGAGAAGCAGGAUCAAUCACGAAUAUCACACAGAUCAUUAAUCGAUUGAACACGAUUCAAGCAGAGAGCUCGAUGAUGCAGUUCUUGACAACUCUCGAGCGACCAAGCGAAUCAAUCGCUGACUUCAAGGACUUCCAAUACAGCGUUUUGAUAGCUCAGGGAGCAGUUUGGAUUGGAGUAUUUUUUGCCGUUUGUUUCGGAGUUCGAUUCGUCGGAAAAACGGUCUCAUUCGUUAUGUCUCUUGGAUUCGCCUCUCUCAUGGCCUUCUUCAUCAGAGCUGCAACACUCGGAGGCGUUCAGGAGAUUCUUGAGAUUUACUGGAAGGCCACUGAUUGGAAUAAGCUCGCUGACUAUCAAGUAUGGAGAUUGGCUAUUGAGCAGGCGAUUCUUGGAACUGGAAUUGGUUAUGGAGCAUUUAUUACGAUGAGCAGUUAUAUGAAGAGGAACAAUAAUCUUGUUUGUGACUCGAUCUUCCUGUCCCUUUGGCACUUGAUCAUCACAUUCGUCCAAACAAUGUCUGUCAUCUGCAUCGUUGGAUUCCUCAGCAUGAAACUAGGCAUCCACCCAACGGAACUUUUGGAGACAGGAGAGGAUCAGAUGUGGUACAUGCUUGCCUACGUCUCCUAUCUUCCGAAAAUCUGGUCGGCCAUUCUUCUGACUAUUUCCAUCUGUACCAUGUUCUCCGUUCUGGUCAUUCUCUCUCUUUCUGUACUUUCCACAGUGGAAGAUGCAUUCGGAGAAAACUGGUCCAAGUGUUGCCGUCGGUUCAUUCUGGCCCUGUUCCUUUGUGGAUUCUGCUACGGGCUCACCACCUACUUUGCCACUCAGGCAGGACGCCACGCCUAUGAGUUGGCCACCAGAAGCAUCAAGUACUGCACAAUAUACUUCAUUUUGACUGCCGAGCUCUUCGCAACGGCUUGGUUCUAUUGCGCUCACAAGCUCGGAAGAGACCUUCACAACAUGAUGAGAUCAAGAUGCUGCUCGUGCUUUGGUCAUUUCUUCUUGUACUUCACAUACCUUCUCCCAGUUCUUCCAGCCGGUGUGGCGUUCCUCAACGCUCUUGACUACAAGUUCUCAACAUUCUCUGCUCCAAUCCACGAGUGGAAAUACUCGGAAUACGUUGGAAUCGCAAUUGCAAUGGUUCCAUUGUUGCCUAUUCCGUUGUACUUCUUCAUGACGAUUUUAUGCGCGUGCUGUUGCAAGGGAAAGAAUCAUCAGAAGACUUGCAAGAGAAUCCGCUCCGUCUUCGGCUCUCGUCUCCAAUCACAUCAGCGAAACGAGAAGGCUCAGCCGAUUCCGAGAUACACAUCGAACGCUCCCGGCUACUUGCUGCUACCACAGGCUCCACUUGCAGAGCCGGAAAUCUAUGCAUAA